UUGGGUUUUUUAGCAGUACUGGAAUUUCUAAAGAACUGCACAAUUUGGGAUGUAAAUGAGAAUUCUCUGAUGUCAAAGGACUGAAGGGACUGAUAAUCGCCAAGCACACGUUUUUUCUCUUUUACUUCUGAGUGCACAUUUUUGCUGGCCCUUAUGGGAAUUAAGCACUCGUCCCGCUGCAUGCUCCUCAGGAGAAAAAUGGCGGAGUCUGAGAACACUGAGCAACCACAGUCGCAACCAGAGCCGAUCCGCAUAAUUCCAUCACAGUCGGCACAGCCAACCGCGUUACCCAAGCCUGUGCCUUCUAUCCAGCAUGCGCCUCGGCCUCCUCUUCCACCGCACACGCCCCACGCCGCCAGCCUCCCUAGCUGUCCAGGGAGGGGUAAGAUGGCCAAGUUUCUCAACCCAGAGGAGAUGACCUCGCGAGACUACUACUUUGACUCGUAUGCCCACUUUGGCAUUCAUGAGGAAAUGUUGAAGGAUGAAGUGAGGACACUCACCUACAGGAACUCCAUGUACCACAACAAGCACAUCUUCAAGGACAAAAUAGUGCUGGAUGUUGGAAGCGGGACUGGGAUCCUUUCCAUGUUUGCAGCCAAAGCAGGGGCAAAGCAUGUAUAUGGGAUUGAGUGUUCCAGUAUAUCAGAGUACUCCGAGAGGAUCAUCAAGUCCAACCACCUUGACAGCGUUAUCACCAUUUUCAAAGGCAAGGUUGAGGAAGUGGAACUUCCUGUUGAAAAAGUUGACAUCAUCAUAUCUGAAUGGAUGGGCUACUGUCUCUUCUAUGAAUCCAUGCUCAACACUGUCAUCUUUGCCAGGGACAAGUGGCUGAAACCUGGUGGAUUAAUGUUUCCUGACCGGGCCUCCCUGUACGUGGUGGCCAUAGAGGACCGGCAGUACAAAGACUUCAAAAUACACUGGUGGGAGAACGUCUAUGGCUUUGACAUGACGUGUAUCCGUAAUGUGGCCAUGAAGGAACCCCUGGUGGAUGUAGUAGACCCCAAACAGGUGGUGACCAACUCCUGCCUGGUCAAGGAAGUGGACAUCUACACAGUAAAACCCGAAGACCUGUCCUUCACAUCAGCUUUUUGCCUGCAGAUCCAGAGGAAUGACUACAUCCAUGCACUGGUCACUUACUUUAACAUUGAAUUUACUAAGUGUCACAAGAAGACAGGUUUUUCCACAGCUCCAGAUGCUCCAUACACCCACUGGAAACAGACAGUAUUUUACCUGGAGGACUAUUUAACAGUCCGAAGAGGAGAAGAGAUCGUUGGCUCAAUUGCUAUGAAGCCCAAUGAGAAAAAUGUUCGUGACUUAGACUUUACCUUUGAGCUGGAUUUCAAAGGGCAGCUGUGUGAAGCAGCCAUAUCCCAUGACUACAAGAUGCGUUAAGUUUCAGCGUGGGGACAUUGGUGCCCCGCUGAGUGUGACUCCUGAGCACCAGAGGGAGACAAAGACGCUCCCAUGACCACAGACAGAUGCACAGCGGGACCCGAGACUCACAGAGGAAGAAAUUAGACCGAGCUAAAGACCCGGUUUAGCUGGCACCACUGACAAUAUCAAUAUUGUCACUACUUGUAUGAUGAAAGCAGGAUGUUGACUGUUAAGCAAUUCUGAAUGUAACUCUGACAAAAAUGUGUCAAGAAACUGUUCUAGUCUUGAUGAAUGUUAAUUACUGACGUAAGUAUAUGUGAGAUGGAGUGAUGUACUUGUGUGUUUUCCUCAGUAUUUGUUUUUCCACACUAACUCGGACCUUAUGGAGCGAUAUUUGGCAUUUUUAGAAUACACAAGAGUUCAACUAAUGAGUUACUCUAAUGUCCACAUUCUGUUACAGUAGAGAAUACAUUGAAUUGAAUUUUUUAAAUGUCAUAUUAUGUACUGUAGCAAAUGAUUACCGGUAAAAUGAUUUAUUUAUUGUUGUAUCAGUUUAGCAAUGUGAGAAAAACUAGAAGCGACUGAACACCACAGCCAGGACAAACAAAAAUGUGUAAUGUGAAAGGUAACGUGUUUGCAUAGUCCGUGUAGUAGUGGUUUACAGUGCGUGUAAAAUAGGAGGUGUCAAAGUUCACACUGUUAAACUGUUUGGGCAUCCGUGUGCUUUGUGUUGUCAGUUCGAGCUGUGAUGUUGACCUGCCAAUAACAUACUUUUCCCAUCCGAAAUGCCUUGACCAAGUGCCGAAGUGUACCUAGUUUUGUUCCACACUGCUGCAGUUAGCUUCUUACAAUGGUUUCAUCUGUAGACACAAGCCACUCUCAUUCUAUUGAUUUAAGAUUAAGCAUUUCUUCAAAUCUAGCCUCAAGCCAUUUAGUCUAUGCCUGAGUAUAAUUCAUGUCAUGGAAUCAAAGGAAAGCCUGCGUAACUCAAACUGUUAAUAAUGCAGCUGAUCCUAGACAGACAACAAAGAAUUAUUACAAAGGGAGUCAAUAAAAUAUUGAUGACCUGCUUUAGUUAUAUCCCAAUAUCUUGGCUUCAACCAAACUGACGGAUACUGAAAAUGAGGUUUUUUCUAGCAAAUGUACUGUAAAUGUAGUGUAAAGCACUUUGGGGUCCUUAGGGACUAAGUAAAGCGCUAUACAAAUACAGGCCAUUUACCAUUUACCAAAUGUACGGACCACAAGAUAUGAUUCUUUGAUUUUUAUCUCAGGCUCCACCUGCAUUGCACACUUUUGGUUAAAAAUGGAUUCAGUGUGUUGAUGGGGAUCUUUUCAUUUCCCCAUACUCUUACUACAGUCAUUGCCAAGGUACCCAGUGAAGAAUUUAUUCACUAAAGAUCUGCAGAUAUUUUACAUCUGAAACCUCGCAUUAGUGCUCCGGAUCGCCUCACACAUUUCACAGAUCUUGACAUUGCCAAAUCCAGCCUCCAUUCUUAAAACACACAGAUGCUCUUACCACCAAAUUCUAAGCAAAAUGUACGAUGUGUGCAUAUGUUGGUAUUGAAUGAAGAUCAUCAUAAUAA